GAUUUUAUGACCAUAAAAUGACCAGAUGCAAUAACUGCCACCGAUCAAUAUCAUAAGCGUUUAAAACCAAUUUGAUAUCGUCCACGCGACAACAAAUCACAAUCGCAUCUCGAACAAUGCGAGAUGAGGGGUGCGCACCCCAGCUGCGUACCGCGAUCGAUUGUGGACCGCGCCAACUUCUCUCCACGCUGCACUAUCCGACUACUCGGUUCCCAAUUCAAACGUCCCGAUCUUUCAACCAGUUUGUUUAUUUUUUUAUUUGUUUAAUUACCCUAUCCCGACCGUACGCCUAGGCAAUAACCUGCCAGUUAAAAGUGGUGACAGAUAUUUUUUCGACCAGUGUUAUGUGUUAAUUUUUUAAAUGAUGGAGGGGCGAAGGGCUUGGGAUGGCGUGCCGGUGGAGUCGCACUCGCCACCGCAGUCGGUGCCGGGGCGACGGACGCCGCUGGGAGCCGUGGGGCUUGGAGGAUUCUACAUGCAGGGUGGGCAGCCACCGCCGCCACAGCACUGCUAUCAGACUGACGAGAACCAGCCGGAACCGGGGACCAGUUACGGUCAAAGACCUAUGGGCGAAGGAAAAUCAAAACAGAAAAUGCGACAAGGAAAAACCGUACGACUCAAUAUCAACGCUAGGGAACGGAGAAGAAUGCACGACUUGAAUGAUGCCCUCGACGAAUUACGAAGCGUGAUUCCGUACGCUCACUCACCUUCCGUCCGUAAACUGUCCAAGAUCGCGACUCUGCUGCUAGCCAAAAACUACAUCCUGAUGCAGGCCAGCGCCUUGGAUGAAUUGCGAAGGUUAGUAGCAUAUCUUCAAGGCACAGCGACGGCAACAGGGAUAGUGGUGCCACCUCCUGGCUUCGACCUGACCGGGCUACCAGCCGCUGCUAAGUUGCUGCAACCGCCCACGCUAGGCCCGCCAGCUCCGCCCGACCCACCAUCUUGAGAUCUGCCUCCGCCCGUCAAACUAGAACCCAUCUCAUCACCCCCUUAGUGACAUCAUAUGAAUAUGUUAGUGGCGCAGUAGUGCGAACAUCUAAACUGUAAAUUUUUAAGUUAAAUGUUAGGAGAGUUUUUCAUUUCUAGAUUUUGUUAUUUUUACGGCACUUAAGGCAUCUCGAAAAUCGACAAGUUAUGUGGUUUUCCAUACUUUGACUUAUAAACAUUUUUUUAUUGGAAAAAGGUUGGAAAAAGGUAAGCAUUUGACCGCAAUCUCACCUGAUGGUUAGUGCCGAUGCAGUCUAGGAUGGAGCAUGCUUCCGUAAAAGAUGUUUAAGUAUCUAACUAAAUGUCAAUUCCUUGUAUAUAAAACAGUACACUUUUGUCCUGAAUGUGGCAAUGCAACAUGUGUCUGUUAAAAAUAACAGACCGAACCCACGUGAAACAUACAUUUUGUACUCAUAAUACUUCUACUGUCAUAUUAUAGGUACGUCUUUAUAAACCCAUUGUCUCUUUAAAAAUGUUUUAUAAUAUAUUUACUUAAGUAUUUAUGAAAGGGCUAGGGUUUAGUGGUUUUUUAGACGGGCAAAUAAAAAUAAUUAGGCAGUGUUAUACAUACAGGAUAAAUGAAUAGGAUUUGAUAUUAGAAUAAUAUUUUCGAAUUAAUCCAAACCUUCUGAUGUCGACUACUAUUUCAAUAUAUUCGUUAGGUAAUUUUUGACUCUAAAUGUAUUUAUUUAGGUAGAUAAUAAAAUAAUGAGUAAUUUUAUCAAUAGUGAUAAAGCAAUGAAAUGUACUCAAGUUCAGAAGUUUACAGACUAGAAUGUACCUAAAUUUCUGUCAAGUAAAACCAAAAAAACUAAUAAGACGCUGUACAAUUUACUUUAUUCGAAUGAUUAGAUUAUGUAUGUUUAUAAACUAUGAUGAAUAUUGAGAGCAUAAAUAAGUGAAUACAUUGUUGUAAUACUGUAACAGCUAUAACUGCUACAAGCAUCAGAUAUACCUACCUAAUGUUCUGUCAAUAUUUCCUUGCAGCUAUCUAUUUUCGGGCUGUAUAAUAAUUAUUUACCUAUGUAGCUAGUGUUAGUUACUUAACCCUCCAUAUUUUUAGAUGUAUAUUUUAAAGAAGUUGGAGGUAACAUAGCAUUAGAUAUACGAGUAAAUUAUGUUAUUUCUCUUCUUGAAGACAAGAGAGGACUGUGAAUCAACGUGCCAAAAUAAUUAAGGACCGUAUAGGGAAUUUUAGCUACGAUUAAAAUUGUUGUAAGAUUUUUCAAUAGUUUUGUAGACUUCUUACAUGUGUGUAGCUAACGAGAUUGUGGAUUGUUUAUUACUUAAUUUGAAUUGAUUGUCUAUUAUUUUAUACCUAUUAUAGUUACAUUUAUUGUAAGCCAUCAUAGGUAAUAAGCUCAACACACUAUGUUGAUAAGCCAAAGUGAAAUUGUGAUUGUUAAUAGCAAUAAUAUUAUUUAAUAUAUUAUUUUAAUUUAGGUGACAUAAAAAUAAAGGUAUCUGUAUA